AGUUUCCUUUUAUUCCCACUUCAACGUAUUAUUAAUGUUUCCAUUAUUACAUAUAACUUUCUAAAAUCGUUUCAUAUAAUUUCCAUAAUCAUACAUAUGAAGAAGAUUCUCUCCUCUAUAUAUAUUAAUAAUCUCAUUUGACUAUAAAUUACAAAAAAAAAAAAAGAUGAAUCAUCGUCUCGCCGGGAUAAUUAGUCCACUUGGCCACAUUACCACUGAUCCAAUUCGAUCCCCCUCCGUUAAGCCACCACAUCCGGUUUACUACAAACCCGUAAUUAACCAUUUGAAAUCUCUAACCGGUAUCUACGUUUCACCUGGGCUCACCAAUCAAGAGAUCUCAGCCGUAGAAUCUUCUCUCGGUUUCUCUUUCCCUCUUGAUCUCCGUUCGAUUCUUCAAACCGGUCUUCCGGUUGGUACUGAUUUCCCCAAUUGGCGAACCGGAUCGAACCGGAAUCGUCUCCUUCUCCCUCUUCUCCGUCUCUCCAAAAUCGUCGUCGACAACGGAUUCUGGGUCAAUUCUUGGGGGAUCCGACCCGGAAACGACGCGGAGGCUUUAUCGCUAGUGAAGAAACUGGUUGAGAUCGCUCCGGUUCUCGUCCCCGUCUACGGCGAUUUCUACGUCCCUUCGACGACACCGAAUUUGGCCGGAAACCCAGUUUUUCAAAUCGACGGCGACGGAGUCCGAGUUCUGAGUUGCGACGUCGCUGGAUUUCUCAAAGGACUUGGACGAUCGGAACCGCCGAAGGAGGAUAGACGAAGAAGACGACGGAGGAGAGUGGAGUUUUGGAGUGACGCGGCGGAGAAAGGGAGAUCAGUGGAGGUGACGGCGCGUAAUUACACGCGAGGGUGGUGGGGCGUGUUGGGCUGCGAGGGGUUAAGCGCGCGUUUGGACGACGCGUUUUGGAAGCUGAGGGAAGGAGGAUGGACGGAGUACGAGGUUCGUGAUAUGAUGAUGAUGAACGGCGUAGAUCGCGACACGUGUGCCCAUUGUCAAACGCAAUCGCGGGAUGUGGUCUACGCGUUUGACGGUGAUGUAACGGUAGAAAGACAAGGCGACACGUGUACGGAGGAUGGGAAACACGGAGAAGUGACGACGUUGAAGCAUCUGCUGCUUUAUGACCGUUAGAUCAGCUAAAAUAAAAUGAUUGGUUGGGCGGUAUUAUAGCUAUGUAAAAAUGAUGAACAUAUCUUUUUUUUUUGUGACUAGUGAAAUUUAAUUAUCAUUAUGA